AGACAAGCGGGUUCUUGAAUGAAAUUCCUUAGUCUCGGGGAACAUUCGACAUUUCUCAGUGUUGGUGUAAAUAAGCAAAUCGUUCGUUCGUUCGUGAAAUUCAAAGUACCCAUCUGUAUCUUUGUAUAUCUCCUUCAUCCUACAGUGAAUGGUUGCAGAGUUCAUGCAUCUUAAGAAAGAUCUUGAAAUGUGCUCCUACCCUUCAUAUUAGAAGAGGCCUUGAAAUGUGACCUUCUGCAACAUAGUUGUCCUAAGUUUUACUGUUGGUUUUGCCACCAGUGUUUUAUGAAAUGAAAUUGGAUAGCCAAAGGAAAGAAGAAUGGCAUCUGUUGUUACUACCUUGGGUGCUGGCGACCUUGAGUUGUUUGGAAAUGUUGCUGGACUUGAACACAGAUUAGGAACUGAGCUUCCUGAACACAGAUUAGGAACCGAGCUUCCUCAGGGCAAAUUCUUUGACCUUAGAACUGUCAUUACUGUACUAUGUUGUAACAGUGAAAGUGCAAUAUCAUGUAUUCCAAGAGGCACUAAGAGUAAUGUGUACUUUGUUUGUACACAUUCAGGAUUAGAUUUAGAUUUUGCUGACGAUUGUUCUUGGGUAUCGGGCAGUUCAAUUCACCGAACCCGAUAUGUAUGCCUACCAAAUAAUGCCUUAAAAAGAGUUGCUUAUAGAAAUAGUUUGUAUGUAAUCCCACAGUUAACAAGUGGCGAGAGAACUUUUGUUCCUUUAAAUCCACAGCCAUCACAUGAUGAUAUUCUUGAAAUUAAUACAAGAACUUUUAGUCAUUUAGAAAGUGCAGAUUACAAGAAGAGAGCUACAUGGAUUAGUAAAUUGCCAGUCCGUAUAUGGCCGGUUCUUCCAGGAACUGCAUGUGUCGAGUAUUCGGGUACUUCACCUGAAGUAUCUUCAAUUGAAGAUGAACCAUAUACAUCUGCAGAUCAAGGAGAAACCAGAAAAAUACAAGGAAGUGCCAUUUUUAAUUCAGGGAGUUGUCAGGAUGUUGGACAAGUGAACUUGAAUGCUAAUGGUGGAACAUACGACCUAAAAAAUAAUUAUGAAUCCCCUUCAAAUGCCCAUUUUAUUUAUGGUAACUCAGAAUGUGAAGGAUAUGAGUUUGAUAUUCCAGUGUUAAAUGUAGAGGAGAUAGAAAAAUGUUUCCCUCAAUAUUUGCCUUAUGAACCUGAACCUUUGUACGCAGAUGGAGUCAAAAGUGAUUUUGCAGCAAAACCUCUCUAUUUUUAUACCACUUCAAACUUUUAUGUCCAAUCUAUGCCUCCUUCAAUUCCAGUUUAUAAAGUGGGUGGAGAAGGAGUUGGAGGGAGGGCUUUUGAGAAUAAUGAUGUAACAGGUUAUGAGACAGAUGUAUCGCAGCUUUAUGCGGACAUUGCUGCAAAGUGUAAAGACAGAAAAAUUUCAGUUGUUGCUUCUAAUUGUGGCAGUGGUAAUGUAAGCAGUAGUUUAUUUAGUAAUUUCAUGGAAGGUACACCUUUACCUGAGGGAAAGUUUUUAGAUAUGCAAGAUCUUAUUCAUGCACUUAUUUCAUGUACCCCGUUGGAUAUAAUACCAAGAGGUUUCAAGAAAAAUCUAUAUUUCAUUGUUAAGCAAAAUAUACAGGGUGGUGAAAGCAUUUCUCUUUCAAAAUUAUAUAUAGAUGAAUUUUCUUGGGUUGGUUGUCUUGAAACUACAGAGGCUUUUUAUGGCAAGAAAACUGGAGAAUUCGAAAGGCUAGUUUUAAAGAAUGGAAAUUACUUUUUGAACAGUGAGAAAACUCCCAUGAAUCCUCAACCAACAACAGAUGAUAUUUUAAUUGUCAAAAGAAAUUAUGGCUCAGCACAAGCACCAUUUAGUCUUCAAAGGCGUAUCACGUUGAUCACAAAUGUACCGUCAUACUUGCAUUCUAGUAUUUCUCUGAGUGUGUGUGUUGAAUAUGUUAGUGGUUUGGAAGGGUUUAUUGAUGGUGAAAAGUUUAGUAAUGUACCCUUUCCAGUUCAUAAUAAUAGGAGUGGUCAGGAUGGGACUUCAUUGCCUCACAAAUCUGCUCUGACAUAUGGUAUUCCAUUACCAGAAGGCAACUUUUUAGACAUUGAUACCUUGUUGGCAGCGUUAGUAUCAAGAGAUAGCUUGUCUUAUAUACCAGAUUGUGUUAAAGAUGAUGUAUACUUUAUAUGUAAUGACACUUCAAAUUUGUUUUGUCGAGAGACAAGGGAAAUAAGUUCUGAUUUUGAUGUGUUUGGCCCAUGGCAUAAUAGUCACUCUCUUAUUAUAAGCUUUAUUGUACAUAAAAUGGGGUCAUAUGAGAGAUGUUAUGUAGAGGAUGAACUGUAUUACAGACAGAAAAAGGUGGGCAAUGAUGUGAAAUAUGAAUUGUAUGAUCCACAGCCAUCGUCCAACAGUAUACUGGAAAUUUACAGAAGUCAUGCCUCAAGCUUAGGUCUUUGGAGAAGAAUUACCUGGGUAGUUAGAGCCCCUAAGGUCCUUUGUUCAGUUGUUCCUCACACUGCUUGUGUAGAAUAUUUAAGGUUGUUCCGUCAGGGGCCGUUAGUGAACAAAAGUGAUAAUCAUGUUGAGAGCGCAACAGACAAAGACAGAACAACAUGCAGUGAAGGUGCACCUUUACCUGAAGGGAAGUUUUUGUCCCCAAGGCAACUGCUUCAAGCACUGCGCUCUGCUAAACCUGUUGACAAAAUUCCAGAAGGAUUGAAUAAUAAUAUGUAUUUCAUUGUAGGAAUUGAAAAGGUAAAAGACUUGUGUGGUGAGAGCGACAGGUAUUCAGGAAGUGAAGUGACUCAUGAAAUGUAUGCUACUCUACCAGAGUCAAAGUCUGAUGUCCAAAUAUUUAAAAAACGUGGCUUUUAUUGUGUGAAGAAUGGUGUGCCAUUAUUACCACAACCAACUUAUGACAGCAUUUUGGGUAUUGAUCGUCUUACAUCAACAUGGAGAAAGUCUGGAGGUUGCAAGAGACAGAUUACCUGGAUAACUAAAGUACCUCCUCACUUGGCUCCAUUGCCAACAAAUUUAGCCUGUGUGGAAUAUGCCGUGGAUAGCGAAGCAUGUCAGGAAUCUGUUCAUUCAUUGCAGUCAGAUUCUUGGAAAGGUGCCCAUGAUAGUAAACAAAAAUUUGUAAAGAGCACUGUUGGACAAAAUAUAACACAGCCUUUGUCUUCUCUUCUGAAAGAAUCAGACAGUUUGUUGAAGGAUGUUUUAUUUCCUAUUUCAGAUGAUGUGAGAGAUAGCUUUAUUCAUCACAUAGAGUAUAGGAAAGGUGAAAUAACUUCAUUGACAUUAUAUAAAGAAGAGCAGUUGCUGAAUUUGUAUCAGUUUUGUUGUUCUGAUUUCCAUCCUUCUGUACUUGGUGUGAAAACAUUAUUUAAAAACCAAGCUUUUAAUGUUACUGUCUUGACCUACAUAAAUUAUUCUGUAAUUCAUGGUCUGACAGGUGAACAUCCUGUAUUUAUUGGUCCAGUAUUCCUUCAUAAAGAUGAUGAUUGUUUGACGUAUAAUGUGUUUUUAUCUCAUAUUAAAAAAAGAAUGAGUAAAAUUCAUGGCCAGGUGAGAGGAGGAAAACAGAACCCACUGGUUUUGGGAACUGAUGUUAGCAAAGCAUUGCAACAGUCAUUAGAUAGGUUUCCAAAAAGUUGUAAACUUAUAUGUUCUGAUGAUGUGAAACACCAUGUUUUGCAGAUGGUAAAGGACCACUUCAAUUCUAGCCAGUCAUCAGAUUUGGUUGAAAAAAUAGUAAAGUUAUUUGUUGGAUCUGAAGGACUGUGUAACAGUCCAAAUGAAAAGGAGCUUCUUAAUCAAUUUAGAAUGGCCAAACUUAUGGGAUUUGUUCCUUCAGAGCUAUUGCUGCAAUUUGAAAAUAAUUUUUUUCCAAUUUUGAAGAGAAAUUUUGCAACUUAUGAUCGUCAUCCAUGGAUAAAACGAGGAUGGGUAAAUGAGGGUAGUACAAGAUUUAUGUUUGAGCUAACAGAAACAGAGAGCAUAAUUUCUAGAUUUACUCACAUGAAAAACAGAAAUGAAUUUGGAGGUAAUAUUUUGGGCACAUUGGUGAACAACUUGUAUGAUUGUGUGCAAAAUCAGGUAAAUGAAGUUUUCAGUGCUUUAAUGGGUAAUAGUGAGCUUUUAACAAUUUCUGAUGACUUUGAAAUGUAUAAGAUUAGUAGACAUUUGAAUCUUUGUCUAACAGAGGCACAACUUUUUGAAAGAUUUCGGGAUUUCCUUAGUGGGAAAAUGUUGAAAGGAAAAGUUAAACCCAGGGAAAAAAUUGGAAGUGAAAAUGUAAGGAUGAAAUCUAGUACUGAUCCAGAAUUAGUUGUUCAGCCAGAAAGAGAGACUCCUGGGAAAGGGGGUGAUGACUACAUUAGAGAAAGAAACACACUUCUCAGGCCAGUACGUAAGAACAUGAAUUAUGGGCACAGACAUGAAUUCAUAGGUGAUGAAGUUAAACCUGGUACUUGUAAGAUGAACUUUGAGGACAGUUGUGAAGAAAGACCGCAAUUGUCCCAAAAGAGGAGGAGAAAUACUAAUUCAACAAACGAACCUAAUACAGCAAUGAAAAUUCACGGAGCAUUUCUUGGAAGGCAUGAGGAGAAGGCACAAAAGCCCCAGAACAGACUUCUUGAAGAAAAGAAAUCGGAACUGUUUUGUGAUGGUAACUUCAGUCCUGAAGCAUUGGGUAUUAUAGAUAAUGGAGAAGUAAAGGAACUGGCAGUGAAGAGUCAAGGGAGAAACAGUUUAGGUAAGACAGUUAAGGACACUAAGAGUGAAGUUGUUCAGGAAAGCUGUGAACAGUAUGGGCAAGAAUCUGUUACUCCACAGGAAAAGAUUGUUGAGCCAGGGUUUGGAGAUAGUAAUUGUUUUCGUGGGCUGUUAGUUGAGAAAUGUUCAUUAAAUGUCGGAGAGGUAACUGAGAACAAAUUUAAGAAAAAAACUUCAUCUGGACCGAAGUCAAAUGGUUCAUUGAAACGCAGAAAGAACAUUAUUGUCUGUGGUAAAUUGAGUGAAAAGUUUAAGGUAAAAUCUUUGAGGGGACAACAGAGGAAGUUGCUUAAAGAUAACACUGGUCAUUCCUACAAAAUACGUGAAAGUAAUCGCGUUAGUAUUGGUAGACGUCAAUUUACACAAUUAAGAAAAUUUCAAGGGAAUUUGCAGAAUUGCAUUCCUAAGUCAAUGGAUAAACAAAACACGAAAUGGGUUGAGCCGUGCUUUAGGAAGUCUAGAAAAAGGAAGGGAAAUACAAACCAACAUUCAGUAGGUAAUGAAUGUCAGGUGGUAGAUGGAAAUUCCAGAAGAAAUUCCAGAAAAAACAGUUUAUAUGAUGAAGUGAAAUGCAGUACUGAUAGAAAGAAGCAUUGCUUGAAAAAGGUUUAUGUGAAAUUGGAAUAUCUUCCACAAGAAACACUAAGAAAAUUAUCAGAGCAUGGUAGUUUGCUUGUGUAAUCAGUGGUACCCUUUUGUUGUGGAAGUUCAUUUAUUAUAUUAGUACUGAAAUUUUCCUUUUAAGAAAUAAUCCAAAUCGGUGAUACCUUCGAUUCAUUGGAUGUUCAUUUAUUGUAUUACUGAUUAUAGGUUUGAGAAACAAUCCUAGAUUGAUGAUACCUUUAUACAUUAGCAUUAGAAGUUUGUUUACUGUAAUUGAGAAUUGCUUUUACAAAAUUAAAAGUACCUGAAGGAUGAUUACAUGGGAGUAGAUAUCUCAUUUGUAUAGAGCUGUAAUGUUAGGAAGCAAAGUUUAUUUUUGUAUUCUAAGUUGUGUAUAGUAUACCAGUCAGUAAAAAAUUUAUUUAUUUUGCCCUUGGGCUACUGAGGAGCAAUUAGUCAUUGUGUCUGCUGAAGUUUUGUAUAUACAGCAUAUUAUUCCAGAUCUUUUUAUAGACAUAGCUGAUAGUCAGCUCAGUGAUAAAGUUAAAUUUUUUUAAGAAAUGUAAAUAUUACCAUAUUUCUUAAUGUUUUAGGGUUAACCUGGUUGAUUCUCUUAUGAGAAUACAAACUGCUAUUACCUGUUAUACAGAGUUUAUUGCUAUGAUCUAGGGUUGGUCAUUUUAAACUGGGUAAUAUGGUAGCUGGCUGGUGGUAUGUGGAUAAUUUGGGGGAAACUCCCUUUGCGUGCUGUCUUCAACUUUUUCUUCUGCUACUGUCAGACAAGAACAUCUUGCUGUGGUAUUUUUGACUGCUAAGCUGAUUGUUUUCCUUUUAUUUAUUUAUUUAUUUUUUUUUUUGGGGGGGGGUGUGAAAUUGAUGUCAAAGAAGAAUGAGCGAUGUAAUGUGAAAGAUGUGAAGAAGAGUGUCCUUUGUCUGGGAAAUACUUCCCCCUUGAUGCCAUCAAAUCAUUUCUGUGGCCUUCUGUCAGUAUUCCUAGGUAUCUAUCUUUGGCAUUGGGAGGGUUAGGAAUCUCGCCCUGAGUUUUGUGUUCUCAAGUUUGUGUCAAAAACCCAGAAUCAGUCAGUUCCAGUGAGAGAAGAGAAGCUUUUGGGCUUCCUCUCUUGGACUUGUAUGGUGGUGAUCCAGGCGAGAUGGUUGUGAUCCAGAUGAGACGGUUUUAUACCCUGAACUAGCAUAUCGAUGUAAAUGGCAAUGGCUUUUAUUCUUAUAUAAGCAGUUAAAUAUUUCAGAGUACUAAUUUGUAUUUUUUAGGUAUUACAGACCAGAGCCUUUUAUAAUUCUGCCUCAAACCACACUAUUUAGUCCCUAUGCUGAAGGAGAACAUGUAUGGUGACAAUGGGCUAGUGGGGGUUUCCCUCCCAGCCACUCACUUACCACCAGUUAACUUCCCUUGUUAGGAAGUUCCAAGGACUGAUUCUAGCAAUACAAUUACUGUACUGUAGUUUGAAAGAUAUGUUAAAUUUGUCUGUUGUAAUCAGACAUAUACUGUAUGUAUAUUUUUAUUACAUAUACAGUAUAUAUUAGUGUAUAUAAUGUAUGCAAAUAAUAUAGUAUGAUGUAGAGUACAAUAAAGACUUUCAAAAGAAAGAAAGCAUUCUAUUUGUUGAAAAACACAACAUCACAAUACCUCACCAGUAUAUGAAAGGAGUGGAGCAAAGCAUUAGUACAU